GAAGCUUUUUUCUUGUAUUUGAACCUAUGGUUCUAAUUCACAUUGCUGCUUUUUGUAUUAAGUGGAAAAACAAUGUUAUACAAAUAUCAUUCCAGGAAGGACCAUUACUCCCCGUUUCCCGUUCUUUGUGCCUUUUAUGCAACUCUGUUAUGUGCAGGUGAUCAAGAGUGACUCUGUUCAUGUUGGCUACCAUCUGCUGUUGUGGUUGUUUUGUGAACAUCUUGUCUUCUAAAAUAUUAAAACAUGUAACCAAAUAAUUAGCUUGCCUUAUAAUUUUAUGACUUACAAAGUACAUUUGAUAAGGAAACAGCAUUGAAUGUGAGGUCUAUUUUUAAAGUAUACUAGUUAUUUGUUACAUCUCUGUGUUGAAGAAGUGUCACGCAAAACAGUGUUUGUAAAAUGAUCAUCAGAAGUUUGUAGUAGAAUUACAAUUCCUGGUUAUUUUUUAUGCUUAGAGUCCAGUUAGUGAACCACCUUUUCUAAAAUUGAAAUGCAUUACUUUCACAAAAAUGAAAAGCAGAUACUCAUAUUAUGAGCAUAACAUAGCAAAGAAUCCUGCAUAAUGUUGAAUAAGAGAAGUAUCUAAAAAAAAAGACUGCAUGACUUUUGCACAGUGGUCAUAGCAAAACAAUGAAUACAUGACAGUUUAACUUCUGUGAUGAACUUCUGCUUCUUGUUGCAACAAAUGUUGAUGCAUUUUCAUAUUUUCAUGCUUUUAUAGGUAUUUACAUGUUUUCCAGUGAGAAGACCUUUUGUUUUGCUGUAAAGCACUUUUGUCCGGAGUGUUGUGAGUUUCCAGCUAUUAAGAAUGUGAGAAGUGGAGAAACUACAAUUAAUUUCAAGACUCUAAUAUUAUUCAAAAUUAUUUUUGGCACUGGGAAGCUGAAUAUUCUUCUCUUUCUGGAGACAUCCUAUGUAAGAAUUGUCUAAGGCUUUGUAAAACUGUUGCCCAAUAGACUGGAACAUGGAUCCACAGCUAGACCCCAUGAAGGAUGACUUGCCUUUAAUGGCAAACACCAGCUACAUGCUUGUAAAGCACUACGUGUUGGACUUGGAUGUGGAUUUUAAAAGUAAAGUUAUUGAAGGCAGCAUAGUUUUAUUCUUUGAGACUGGGAGCCAGCACAGGAAAAACAGCAGUACUGGCAGAGAAUGCUGCCAGUCAGAGUUUGAUCAGUCCCAUAAAAUGAGGGCAUCUGAACCCUGCCACGUUCCUGUGACAAAUGUGAGUGCCUGUUCAUCUAAAAUGGAAUAUAAUGGUUUUGCUGUCAGUGGUGAAGGUGAAGAAGAUACUUCUGAUGAAAAUGGUAACCAUAGCAACAGUGAACAGGCUUCUGGGAUUUCCAGUUCAGAGGACUGCUGUGACAGAGAGAAUCAUGGGAACCAGGAUUUUGUGCUGGUAUUGGACUGUUGUGAUUUAUCUGUGCUAAAGGUUGAAGAGGUAGAUGUUGCUGCUGUGUCAGGCAUUGAACAAUUUACAAGGCCUGCCAAGCUAACUGAUGUUUCAAAGGAGCUGGGAAAUCUCAGGAAUCACAUUGUCCAUGAACUCGUGGCUCUACCUGCAAAGCGCUGGGAGGAACAGCUGUGCUGUUUUACUCACUGCAGCCAGGCACCUGGCUGUGGAGAGCUUCCCUUUGCUACUGGCCCUUGGAGCUUGGAGAUCAGGAAACCAGGAAUUGGGACUCCAGCAGACUUCCCUCACGCUAUAAGAAUAUGGUACAAAACCAACCCGGGUGGAAGAUCCGUGGCAUGGACCACAGACCAGAGUGGCAGGCCAUGUGUUUAUACGAUGGGAUCACCAAUAAACAACAGAGCCCUUUUCCCAUGCCAAGAGCCACCCAUUGCCUUGUCAACAUGGCAAGCCUCUGUCCGAGCAGCUGCAGGCUUUGUGGUGUUAAUGAGUGGGGAAAACUCAGCAGAACCAGUCCAGCUUCCAGAAGAUAUCUUGAGCUGGUACUACUAUGUGUCUAUGCCAAUGCCAGCAUCCACCUUCACCAUUGCUGUGGGGUGCUGGCAGGAAGUUAAGCAGCAGUCCUUCACGGCUGCUAUUCCAACAAACACUGAGUUUUCAUUGCCAUCUGUACAAGCUGAUUUCAGCUGGCAUGAAGCAAUGUGUGGCCAUGUGGGAUAUCCCUGCCGUUUCCAGAACCCUGCAGUGAGCUGGCAGGCAGUCAUUCCUCACAGAGUCUUCUCUCCCUGCUGCCUCGUGGAGCUCUGCGAGGAACGUUUGCUCCCGCUCAUCCCUCAGUGCCUCUCGGCUGCUUUCUCCACGCUGGGUACCCACCCCUUCUCCAGGCUUGAUGUUUUGAUAGUUCCUUCUAACUUCUCCAGCCUGGGAAUGGCCAGCCCACACAUCAUCUUCCUGUCCCAGAGUGUCCUGCCAGGAGGGAGCCAUCUCUGUGGAACUCGUCUGUGCCAUGAGAUCGGUCAUGCUUGGUUUGGGCUGGCCAUUGGUGCUCGGGACUGGACUGAAGAGUGGAUCAGUGAAGGCUUUGCCACUUUUUUAGAAGAUGUAUUUUGGGCUAGGGCACAACAGCUCUCCCUUGAAGAGGUAAAAGGGCAGCAGGAGCUGAAAGCUUUGCUUCGCUGGCGCCGCCUCAGGGAUGAGGUGCAGAACUCUGAGGAAGAGCUGCAAGUUUUGAGGCCCAACAAGGAGAGCACAGGAGAAUUGAGUGAGUCUGGAGCAUCUGUUGUCAAAUAUGGUCUUAAAGCAGAAAAAAUCUUCAUGCAGGUUCACUAUUUGAAGGGUUAUUUCCUUUUGAGAUCUCUGGCAAGGACAGCAGGAGAGGCCUCAUUCCUUCUGUCUUUGCGAAAAUUUGUCCGUAAGUUCCACGGGCAGCUCGUCCUUUCUCAGGAUUUCCUUUGCAUGCUGUUGGAAGACAUCCCUAAACAAAAAAAAUCCGGGUUAACUGUUGAAAGUAUCUUCCAGAACUGGCUUGACACUUCUGGAAUACCAAAGUAUCUGAGGACUGUUGGAAAGCCUAAAAUGGUAUUGAUUCAAUGUUCACCUUAGGUAAAACUACCUUCUUGGUUAUCAACACUGACUGUCUUUGCAUAAGAGCAGCACAGAGGAACUGAAGUUAUAGACAACAUAUGCAAAGUGCAUGAUUAUAAUUUUUCACUUAGUUAUGAAAUAUCUCCAUUAGCCAUCACAGCCAGAACAAUUUAAAAACGGUUUCUGUUUCAAUGUAAAAUGAAACAGUUGUCUGUUGCACAAAUCUCCUAUUGUUUUCUAGGCUAUGCACAAUUCUGAAAGUUCCUUUUAUGCUUGGGAUCUGAUCUGGCUUGAAGAGGAACUGGUGUAAACCAUUGCCUAAGUUAUUUACCAGGAUAUUAGGCCUACCUUCACCCAAUUGGUAGAAAGUGCUUCUUUCUCCUCCCAUUUUUCAAAAUUUAUGUUUAAUCCUGAUGUUGCAAGACUGAAGGAUCCUAGCGUGCUUUGACAUGUUUUAACUGUUAUACAGGACAGCUCCAUUAGUAGUCUCUGAAACAAAGUCUUCACAAGUGAAAAAGGACACAGAGGAUCGACUAAUCUCUUAAUUUCUAUUGUGAAGGGAUUUAAUAAGACAGUCAGUGUCAUGUGGACAGCCAACAGGACAGUUGAUAGAGGGUAAUGCAGUCAUUCUCACUUUAAACUGGGUGUACCAUCACUCUUUUAUCUGGUGUAAGUAAGUUUUUGAAGUACAGAGGAAUACAGUAGGAGACCAAAUGUUCUUAAAAAAUCUUCUCCCCCCUACCUCCCUUACCCUCCUUCUCUCCCUUCUUCUUUUCCUCUUCAUCUACUCUCUCUCUUCCAUGCUCUCUCUUCCAAUCCCAGCAAAAUUUCCUAGUCUGGUUAUGAGCUAAAUCUUAUUGAAGCAUGAAUAAGUGAACAGUUGACUGCACAAGCAGCGUGGUGUGACUGCAGCUUGUUAGGCCCACCCUGUUUCUGUCCCUGCCCUCUUCCCUCUGCGGGUGUCUGCACUGGCAUGUUGGCUCUCACCUUGUGCUGCCGGGCUGUCAUCUCAGUAGCUGAGCGUCCCAGGUAGGAUGUGCACAGCAGCCAGCUCCAGGGAACCCCAGCUGUUGGCUCCACAGGGUAUAUUACCAAUAGAAAAAGUCAGUAACAAUUCCCCUUGAGUUUCCUUCACUACUCUGCAGCUAUUAACAAGAAAACAGGAGCUGCCUCUGGGGUUUAACACACAGUAUAUUUGUACGUUUAUGGAUUUUCAUCCCAAAUCAGCUUCAGGGUCUGCAGGUCUGACAAUCAGUGUCUCUGGUAAUUUUUUUUCCCUGGUUUUCUCCAAACAUUUGACAGGAAAGAAAGUGUAAUUCUUUAAAGGAUUUAAAGUAUAAAUAUGUUUCAUUGUUUCUAUGGUUCAGUGUUUCCCAUAACUACUUCUGUGGGAAUAUUCAAUCUAAUUUGUUAACUGAUCCAAGGAAAUACUGUUUAGGUAGUUGCAUUCAUUUGUGUUUGCAAUUAACAUCAUUUUUUGUUCGUAAUUUUGUUCAUUCUCUUUGAACUAUACUCUGUUCUUCUUUCUUCAUUCAAAUGCAAUCAGUUCAAGAGUCAAGUUAUAGGAACUUUCAGAACUAUCAUAGUAAAAAAUUUGUCAUGGCUUUACAAAAUAAAAAUAUGUUACUCAGUUUCAAGUAGACCUUGUGAGUACAAAAUAAAAAACUAUAGUAAGA